GAGGAGGAUCAGCGGCAUGCAGGUUCUGAAGAUACAAGUGCGGAUGGAAAGAAGAGGGCAGGUAUGGCAGAUAGUCAGGUUGGACACCCAGGAUGACGAGCGAUAUGAGGAAUCAGAGAACAAGGCUGAUGACAAUGGGGGUGGAGGAGCAGAAAAGCGAGGCCAGCAAGAGGAGGAGGACAAUGGGAGGAGAAGAACAAAACCAGUCUGAAGUGCUAGCAGUGGGUGAAGGGGUGGGCAAGGAACCAAUCAAGGAACAUCAUAGACAAUUGGAUGAGGAGGUGGUGGAAGACAUAGGGCAGGUGGGAGAGGAGGGAGAGGAGGGAGACAUGGGAGAGGAGGGAGAGGAGGGAGAGGAGGGAGAGGAGGGAGAGGAGGGAGAGGAGGGAGAGGAAGUAGAGGAGGGAAAGGAGGGGAGGCAAGAGGGAGAGGAGGGGAGGGGGGGGGGAGAGGAGAGAGAGGAGGAAGAGGGAAGGAGGCAAGAUGGAGAGGAUCUAGAUGAGAGGAGGCAGAAAGAUGAGGAGAGGGAGGAAGACCAGGAAAGAGAGGAGGUGGAGAAGGGACGGAAAGGAGUCAACAGAAUGGGCCACAAAGAUCUUCAGCAUAUUGCAGAUGAGUACGAUUAUGGCUCUGCAAAUGGACAAGAUGAUUUUUCCGACAUGGUGAUUCUCAGUGACUUUGACUUCGAAGAUGGUGAUGGCGAAAGUGAGACGCGCAAUGAGAAAAUGCAGAAUACUACCAUCAGUUAUAGCAACAUGAUGCUUAAGGUGGAUGGCACAGAAGGUGAAGAGCUAUAUGAUGCGAGCAAAAGGCAGAAUUCUUCGUGCAACUGUCACGGAGUGGUGAGAGCAGGAACAGGGAUAAGCUGCAAAUGUCCAGCUUUCUGGAGGGGUAACAAAUGUGAGGUUGCAGUCCGUUUAAGAGGCAGAGGAAGAGUAAUCGAGAGCUCCGAGGCUGAAGGGAUGUUUGGCGGGAAGCUUUUGCUUGACAAAGAAACAUUCUAUGAACAGAUGUUACCAGAGCAGGUGGUCCACUGGAGCACAUUCAAGAAACUGUCAAAAGACAGGAUCACGAAGUGGUGGGAAAAGCCAAAAUUCGAACUGCGAAAACCUCCCCAUCCUUGGGAACAUGUGGAAAUUCUCAGAUCAGCGUUGGCAUUGUGGUCGCCUUCGAUCAUGGAUGAAUUUGCAGAGAUUCUACCUGCAAAGGAUGUUCUGCGGGAUGCCAGCACAUUGGACAGCUCAAAUGCUUAUCAGCCAUUGAUCUAUGACACAUGUGCAGUUGUUGGCAAUGCAGCUGAGAUGAAAAUGACAAGGAGAGGGGAGGAGAUUGACAGGCAUGAUAUGGUAAUGAGGAUCAAUGGCGGGCCGACCACUGGUUACGAAGCAUUCGUUGGUGCAAAGACAACAUGGAGGGUUGUUGGGGGGCGCUGGUUUGGGUUCAGAGAAAAAGAGAAUGAGCCGAUUAUCAACAUUCUGUCAUCCGAAGUUCUGGCAGAACAGAUUCUUAUGCUGAGUCGGCUCCAUCGAACUUCGCAUGAAUCUGCCGAUGUGCUCAUAGCCAAUCCUUUGUUUGUAGGCUCCGUUAUGGACAUCAAUAGAGCCAACCCUUCUGUGGCAUUCACAGCAGUUAUGCUUGCUCUGCAGAUGUGCCAGCACGUGGAUGCUUAUGGUCUUUUCCGUUUUGAACGGCCGGGACUCUAUUCUUACUACUUCAGCAACAUUACUGCGCUGAGAAGAGAAAAUCUCGUCAAGGCAGAAACAUUGAUGUCAUUGCAUGAGGAAGGUGUUCUCACUGUAUGGAGCUGCAUACAAGAUUGCUGGAUGUCUGAUGGUAAGUGUCUGGUUUGCCUGAAUGUGACUCGCAAAGAGUUUGAGAGCCGGCAGCAGUGGACGGAUGCUGAAUUGACUGCAAGUGCAUGCUGGGAGAGGAGAGUGAAGGAGUCACAGAAAUGGCGAGAAGAACGGCAGCAACCAAUGCCAUGGGGAUCCUGGGGUUUGAAGUAUCGCAAGUCAUUGACAAAGCUGAAGGUUCAAGAAGACCAACCACACAAGGAGGUGACGAGCGGGGGAAGGGUAUUACAAGAGCCAGGUUGAAUACUGAUCGAUAAGAGGCCAUUGAUCAGUAAUGAUGCUCAGAAGGUAGUGUGGGACAGAGUCCUUACCAACAGUGAUUUCUGGAGACAGAGAUCUGAGGGGAAAGGCCUGGAAGUGUUGUCAUUUUCCGAGUUAUUGGCGUAUUUCCACCACUACUCACUUGUAGUUCCAAGGACGAGAAAACAAAUGGAGGCAACGAUC